AUGCCAAAAGUAAACCCCCUCCGGGUGCUCGUCAUUGUCUCACACCGAAGUUCCCGACUAUCCAAAGCCCAAACCAACCCAGAAGCCCUUCUCCCAAAAGCCAUCCGCCUCCUCAAAGCAAGCCACCUCUACACUCCCCAAGAAACGCACCCAGCAACAAGACUGAUAGCAAUGCAAAAGUGGCGCACGCGGGUCUUCUUCGUCUUCGACAUCUGCCAUACAACCUACGAUGCCAAGCUAGGCCACCUACCGGAACAGAACAAGCUUCCCGUCGUCGUUGUCCACCUCAGCAAGAAAAACACAGCCUACCCAGCCAACGCAUGGCUGUCGAAGAGGGUCAACCGAGAUAUUGCACUCUUCCACAAUGCCCAUGGCUUUGACGCCGUGCCGCCUUUCGUGGAGGAUCACACGUUUGGAAAACCGCCAGAGUACGUCAAUCCGAGGGAUAUUUCACUCAUAAAAGCGACCUGUGUUUGA